AAUGCAGCUGAGGCCUACAGCAUCGAAAUAUAUACAUAGCACAUGGAAUCUGCAUUCCUCCCACCAUUGUCCCCCUCUGUUUCUCCCCAUUGCCUUACCUAAGGGUGCGUUGUUUGUUAUUGAACACUUUCCCCUUGGAGUUUCGUACGCAUAAGGGAAACAUGUCCGACGUCCGAGCGAAGAUGGAGGGUUUGAAGGCGGAUUGGGAUUCUUGCAAGUCUCAAGACGACCGGAAACAUUCACUGAUCUCCGAUCUGUUUACACACAUCGAUUAUCUGUCUAGCGAGCUGUCGGACGCCAAGUUGGAGCUCCGUGACAAGAAAGAUGUGAUCAAGUUGACUCGUGAUCGUCUUGAGGAGCGCGAAAUGGAGGUUAAGGCCUUACAGAUUGAGAAGGCUAGACUUGACUUUGCUUGUGUUGUGAUUGAUGGUGACUCUAUGCCGUUUAAAGAUGAGCUCGUUAAACUGGGUGUAGAGGGCGGCAAGAGAACGGCCAGCCUGCUCAAACAAGCUGUCCAAGAGGAGCUCACGUCCUCAACUCCGACCGCAGCCCACCACGUCCAAGUGCAUGUUCGUGUGUACGCGAACGUGGCAGGACUGGCCAAGACGUACAAUGAGAUGGAUGUUCUGUCUGAGGCUACAUUUGACGACUUCGUCCGCGGUUUCAACAUGGGUGACCGACUGUGCGACUACAUCGAUGCCGGUAAUGGUAAAGAAUGUGCGGAUGUGAAGGUCAACGCAUAUUUCCAGUUCUGCUUAGCCAACAUCCACUGUCAGCGGAUUCUCUUCGGCGGCACGACCGACAACGGCUAUGCCCGCCUGCUUGGGCCGCAUGCCGAGGACCAUGCAGUGCGCGGACGGAUUACCCUGCUCGAAGGGCCCCCUUUUGCCCGCGAACUUGCCGACAUAAAGGACAAAUUCCGCACUGUCCCGUUCGAUAACGUCUUCAGAAGCCACAAGCUUGUCAACGGAAAGCGGGGAGUGUCGUUUUAUACCACCCGUCCCGCCACUCCUCCCGUAGACUAUGCGUCAGCUGCUGCGAAAGUCCCCUCCACACCCUCACCAUCCUCGGCUGCCCAGCGGGGUUCUAGCCCACCCAGUGUGCUCGCUCCGUCCGGAGUGUUGCGGAACAGGCGGGGACAGCGUGUAGAUCCCCCGCUCAGGUAUUCCCAGCAGGAUUUUCAGAACCUCAGGGCGCUCCAACUCUGCAACAGUUUCCAUCUCCUUGGCAAGUGUUACUAUCAUGACACUUUUGGAGAGUGUCAGCACAAUCACAAGGAAAAGCUGAGUACCGUGCAGAAGGCAGCACUGCGCGCCGUGGCUCGCCAGACUCCCUGCAUGUCGGGUUUGAGCUGCAGCGAUCCCGAUUGUCUCCAUGGCCACCGCUGCCCCCGCGACCUCUCAGGCUGUGUGACCUCAAGAUGCCGGUUUCCGCCGGAACUACACGAUGUCGACGCAACCCCUGUUCGUUAAUCCGGUUAAAGUGUGUCAAAGAACGUUUGAGUGUUAUGGAUGUGUUACCGCUUUCCAGCUUUUGUGUCAGUCUGGUUCUGGUUGUCUUUUUCGUUUGGUGAGGCACUUGGCGUCUCCGAAGAAUGUCGACGAUUUGAUGACCGGGACUGUGCGCUCGACUGCAUCUUCAAUUAGGCGUGGUUAGUACAAUGGGGUAGGCUAUUGCUGAUGUGGCAUCCAGGGGCUCAGGGAAUGGGCAGAAGUGUGUUACCCCGGCGCCUAGGGUGAGAUCUCAGAGAGGAUGGGGAAUGAGGGCUGGUUACGAAGUACUGUGAGUUGACGUGUAGCGUGACACCGUUUUGACGAACUAGAACUUCUAAUGGACCUUUUUCCUUGCG